AUGGACCGAGCACAAACUUCCCGCAGCAAGGUGAGACGUAAUUUAUUACACAGUGAACAAUGAAAUAAACGACCACACAGACAGACUAAACGUACAGAGACAGACAGACAGACAGACAGACAGACAGGGGGUGUACAGAUAGACAGCAUAGGCACUCAGAGAGAUCUGAUGGAUAGAUAAGUGACUCUCUAACAAUUUAGAACUUUCCUUAGCUUGUGUCUUACAAAAAUGCGCAGUGACAGACAGAUCGAAAGAAGUGUCCUACAGACACUGAGAUCAAGAAAGGAAUAGACUAUGAAUAUCCGACAACACGUAAAGGGAAAUGAGAUUGGAAGCAGCCAAUUUAACAGACAAACUUGUGGUCACUUUUGAAUCGAUUGAGGUUGUCAGACCGAUAGAAAACCUUCGAUUACGCGGUCCUUCUUCCUUUUACUUUGAUUUGGGAGGAAAAAUAAGUCAAGACAGGGACAUCAAUGAAGAAAUGACUGUCUUUGAUAGCAACUCUGUUGAUAUACAAAGUAUCUUGGUAUCUGGUAAGAAAAACAUCAGAUAGUCUAAUAAUAUUCUGACUGAGUUCUCAACCUAGGGGACAGGUUUUAGGAGCUGUUAGAGAGACAGACAGUUAAAUCGAACAACUUCCUUGUUAUUGGUAGGAAAAACCGUGCCAAGAAAACGCAAACAAGACCAAACCUCGAUCUUGCGUAGACCAUCUAAAGAAUGGUGCAGACAAGUGCGGGUACUACAAGAUUUACGAUGCUGCAGGGAAUGGAUUCACCGUGUACUGUGACAUGGAAACAGAACCUGGGGCGGCCUGGACACUUGUCACGUCUUGGAGCUUCAAAAACAAGCUAUUCUCGAACUUUAGGUACUUUUCAAAUGAGCAAAAUAAAAGUAAAAUUGUGUGAUAAUCGCUGUUACUGCACUCAUCUGUCCCCACCCCCACCCCCCUUUGUGGUUAUCUGAAGUCGCAGUGUCACCUCAAACGAGAAUUGGAAAAAAACGGCCAUAGGCUGAGGGUACUCUUGCGGAGCCUUUUUUAAAGCAAAAACAUCUCACAUCUCUGACUUUAAUAAUUGCAUUAAAAAAAGAAAAGGAAAGGAAAAAAGAAAACAUGCAUGGCUAUUUGUAUGUCUAACGGGCUCAUGAUGACAUUUAAUAAUAAUAAUAAUAAUAAUAAUAAAUGUUACUUAACUUUGAACAAUUUUGUUUUCAUUGACAGGACAACUCCCUUGUCAAUCAACGAUCCUGUGAACGAAAACUCCCCUAACUGGUUCCUUUACCGGCUGACAGUGGACAGAAUGAAGUCUCUGAGGGACGUAUCCACCCACUGGAGAGCCACCUGCAGUUAUGACAAGUACGGCAUCAACAACUACAAAGAUUACGUCCGUGGAAAGUUUGCGGAGGCCGACAUCUUUGCCUUCCUUGGUGCUGGUGUUUGCCUUAAGACCGAGCUUGUCAACCUUCGUGGUCAUAUUGGAAUUCACAAGACUGCCAAGUUCUGGCAGGUUGCUGCUACUUACACGCCUCAUAUCGACAGUUCUUUAAAAGGUUGCCAGUUUGAUCCCACCGUCGGCGCAGUUAGCAGCGAGGAUAACUUUGGUUUUUACCACGAUACAAACCCCAAGUUUACUUGUACAAUGAAUGGUGACUCUACCACUCAGUGGUGGUUCGGUGCCUAUAAGUAA